AUGAAGGACAGUGAGUCAAUAGACAGAUUUUUCAUGAAGUUGACGAUGAUUGUCAGCGGUGUCUGUUCAUUACGUGGCGUGGUGGAGGAGACCUCCGUCGUCAAGAAGUUCCUUCGAGCAGUUCCCCCAAGAUUCAUGCAGAUUGUUGCCUCCAUCGAGCAAUUCGAUGACCUCAAGAACAUGUCGGUUGAAAAGGCUAUUGGCCAUCUUAAGGUUCAUGAGGAGAGACUUCGUGGUUACGAAAAUAAAGAGGAUGAGAAAUACCUCUUACUCACACAUGAGGAGUGGCUCGCACAGACGAAGAAGAAAGAUGCAAUGACACUUCUUUUUCACCCCCGGAAGGACAAGAGUAUGAUCAAGUGUUACUCUUGUGGAAAAUACGGGCAUUAUGCAGUAGAGUGCCACAACAAUGGGCGUGAUGAGGAGGCAAACCUCAUGUCCAUGGAUGAUGAUGAGCCCACAUUGAUGUUGGGCGAGAAAAUACUCAACUUGUUGGUGCUCAAUGAAGAGAAGGUUCUGCAAACCCCUUCAUUGAUGGAGAAAAUCAAGUGGAGACCAGAAUGUGGGUUGGGUUUAGCUUCCGCUGCCCGAACCCUUCUUGAUUAUGAUCCCCGAACACGUCACUAUGGCUACGAUCGCCCUAACCCUAGAGAAGGGUACGAUUCAGGGCAUCGUGACGAAUCCUAUGAUAAUGCAUAUGGUGGAAGAUCGGGUGGAGAAUAUGGAGUCAGAGGGUCGGCUCUGGGAGGUUCAGGCUAUGGAAGUGGUGGAGUAAGGGGUUCGGGAUAUGGUAACGGUGGAGGAAAUGCAUACGGAGGAGGGGUUAGCUCGGGCGUAGGAGGAGCAGGAUAUGGAAGUGGGAGUAGAUAUGGAGGUGGAGAAGAUCAUGGUGUUGGUUACGGUGGUGGGCGAAGUGGAGGUUAUGAAAAUGGAGGCAAUGGUGGGUAUGGGCAAGGAAGAGAUCAUGAUAUCGGCUAUGGAAGUAGAAAUGGAAAUGGAAAUGGAAAUGGAAAUGGGUAUGGAGAUUCCCAUGGAUAUGGAAAUGGUGGAGGAGUCGACGGUGGGUAUGGAAGGGGAGACGGAGUAGGAGGCCAUGCAGGUGGUUCUGGCAUUGGCGCCGGCGGUGGUUACGGAGGCCAUGCUGGUGGCUCUGGAAUUGGGGCCGGCGGUGCUUACGGCAGUGGAGGAGGUCAUGGAGGAGAGCAUGAUAAUAGCAAAGGAAGUGGAGAAGAAGGAGGUUAUGACGGUGGAUAUGCACUCACAAACUCCAUCUCAAACAAGAAUUGA